CGCUCGGGUGGGGCGCUGUGGAGCCGCGGGGCCGCGCGCAUGCGCGGUGCGUGUCGGGGCCGGGCUGCUCGCUGUGCGCUUUGUGGCGCUGCCGGAAGCGGCGGCGGGGAGCGGAGCGCAGCGCAGCGGUGUCCGCCCGCCCGCCCUGGGUCGCCUCGGCCGCCGCGGGCCCCAUGGAGCCCUGGGCCUGAGGGCGCAGCGGCCGUCCCCGCGCAGGCCCGACAUGCCCGCCGGGCCCCUCGGCGCAGAUAUUAUUUGGUUUGUAGCAUAGAGGCACUAUGUACUCGGAGUGGAGAUCUCUGCAUCUCGUCAUUCAAAAUGAUCAGGGUAAUACCAGUGUACUUCACAGCUAUCCUGAAAAUGUGGGGAGAGAAGUGGCAAAUGCAGUGGUGCGUCCUCUUGGGCAAGCUUUAAUUACAUCAUCAGUUGGAAGUGAAAGUUUACUAAAAACAGACAAAGAAGUAAAAUGGACUAUGGAGGUAGUUUGUUAUGGACUGACCCUCCCUCUGGAUGGCGAUACUGUGAAGUACUGUGUCGACGUAUAUACAGAUUGGAUCAUGGCUCUUGUAUUACCUAAGGACUCCAUUCCUUUACCAGUUAUUAAGGAACCAAACCUUUAUGUUCAAAGCAUUCUCAAACAUCUCCAAAAUCUCUUUGUACCGAGGCCAGACCCAGGAUCUAGUCAGAUUAGAUUGUGCUUGCAGGUUUUGAAAGCUGUCCAGAAACUGGCUCGUGAAUCAACAAUUAUGGCAAGAGAAACCUGGGAGGUUUUGUUGUUAUUUCUUCUUCAGAUUAAUGACACUCUUCUAGCAGCUCCAACUGUGCAAGGUGGCAUUGCUGAAAGUCUGGCUGAAAAAUUAAUUGGCGUGCUGUUCGAGGUGUGGUUACUGGCUUGUACACGAUGCUUCCCAACACCACCUUACUGGAAAACUGCCAAAGAGAUGGUGGCCAACUGGCGACAUCACCCUGCAGUAGUUGAGCAGUGGAGCAAGGUCAUCUGUGCCCUUACUUCCAGAUUGCUGCGUUUUACAUAUGGACCUUCAUUUCCUCCAUUUAAGAUUCCUGACGAAGAUGCUGGUCUGAUCCCUCCUGAAAUGGAUAAUGAGUGCGUUGCACAAACCUGGUUUCGCUUUUUACAUAUGCUGAGUAAUCCUGUGGAUUUGAGUAACCCAGCCAUUAUUAGUUCUACCCCCAAAUUUCAGGAGCAGUUUCUGAAUGUGAGUGGGAUGACUCAAGAACUGAAUCAAUACCCCUGCCUUAAACAUCUGCCUCAAAUAUUCUUUCGUGCCAUGCGUGGGAUCAGCUGUUUAGUGGAUGCAUUCUUAGGCAUUUCACGACCGCGGUCAGACAGUGCACCACCCACGCCAGUAAAUAGGCUGAGCAUGCCCCAGAGCACUGCUAUCAACACAACUCCGCCCCAUAACCGAAGGCAUCGGGCAGUGACUGUGAAUAAAGCAACAAUGAAAACCAGCACUGUAACUACUGCACAUGCUUCAAAAGUGCAGCACCAACCCUCUUCUACUUCCCCACUCUCCAGCCCAAACCAGACAAGUACUGAGCCACGGCCACUACCAGCUCCUCGCAGGCCAAAGGUUAACAGCAUCUUGAACCUCUUUGGAUCGUGGUUAUUUGAUGCAGCAUUUGUUCACUGUAAACUUCAUAAUGGAAUAAACAGAGAUAGCAGCAUGACUGCUAUAGCAACUCAAGCUAGCGUGGAGUUUCGCCGGAAAGGAUCACAAAUGUCCACAGAUACAGUGGCUUCCAACCCUAUGUUCGAUGCCAGUGAAUUCCCAGACAACUAUGAAGCGGGAAGGGCAGAGGCAUGCGGGACACUGUGUAGGAUAUUUUGUAGCAAGAAGACUGGGGAGGAAAUAUUACCAGCUUACUUAUCCCGAUUUUACAUGCUUUUAAUUCAGGGUUUGCAGAUAGCAGAUUUCGUUUGCCACCCUGUUCUUGCCAGUGUUAUUCUCAACUCUCCUCCUCUGUUCUGCUGUGACCUGAAAGGGAUUGAUGUCGUGGUUCCAUAUUUCAUUUCGGCUCUUGAAACUAUUUUACCUGACAGAGAACUCUCAAAGUUUAAAAUCUAUGUAAACCCUACAGAGCUAAGAAGAGCUUCAAUUAACAUCUUGCUGUCUUUGUUGCCUCUCCCUCAUCAUUUUGGAACCAUAAAAUCUGAGGUAGUCCUGGAAGGGAAGUAUAGCAAUGAUGAUAGCUCAACGUAUGAUAAGCCAGUAACCUUUCUCUCCUUGAAGCUGAGGCUUGUGAAUAUACUUAUAGGAGCUUUGCAAACUGAAACAGAUCCCAACAACACUCAAAUGAUACUAGGUGCAAUGUUAAAUAUUGUUCAAGAUUCAGCUCUGUUAGAAGCCAUUGGCUGUCAGAUGGAAACGAAUGGUGGUGAAAAUAACCUCUUCAAAAGCCACAGUCGUACUAACAGUGGCAUUAGCACUGCAAGUGGAGGCAGUACAGAGCCUACAACACCAGACAGCGAACGACCAGCACAAGCCCUUUUAAGGGAUUAUGAUACAGCUGCAGGACUACUGAUACGCAGCAUUCACCUGGUAACCCAAAGACUCAACUCGCAAUGGAGGCAGGACAUGAGCAUCUCAUUGGCUGCGCUGGAACUUCUCUCUGGAUUGGCAAAGGUGAAAGUGACUGUUGACUCCUCUGAUCAAAAGAGAGCUAUUAGUUCAGUAUGCAGCUAUAUAGUCUACCAGUGCAGCCGGCCAGCCCCACUCCACUCCCGUGACCUUCACUCCGUGAUAGUUGCAGCUUUCCAGUGCCUCUGUGUCUGGCUUACUGAGCAUCCUGACAUGCUGGACGAGAAGGAUUGCUUAAAAGAGGUACUGGAGAUUGUGGAGCUGGGCAUUUCAGGAAGUAAAUCCAAAAGCAGUGAACAAGAGGUCAAGUAUAAAGGAGAUAAGGAGCCAAACCCUGCAUCCAUGAGAGUGAAGGAUGCCGCUGAAGCUACAUUAACAUGUAUUAUGCAGUUACUUGGAGCAUUUCCUUCUCCCAGUGGCCCUGCUUCCCCUUGCAGCUUAGUGAAUGAAACCACGUUAAUUAAAUAUUCUCGUCUACCUACCAUAAACAAACAUAGCUUCCGUUACUUUGUUUUGGAUAAUAGUGUCAUCCUUGCAAUGUUGGAACAGCCUCUGGGGAAUGAACAGAAUGACUCUUUCCCUUCUGUCACGGUUUUGAUCCGUGGGACAUCUGGAAGAUUUGCAUGGGCCCAGCAACUCUGUCUUUUACCAAGAGGAGCUAAAGCAAAUCAAAAGACUUUUGUACCAGAACCUCGACCAGCUCCUAAAAAUGAUGUUGGAUUAAAAUACAGUGUCAAGCACCGCCCAUUUCCUGAGGAAGUGGACAAGAUCCCAUUUGUGAAAGCAGACUUGAGCAUUCCUGAUUUACAUGAAAUUGUGAAUGAGGAACUUGAAGAGCGACAUGAGAAGCUGAGAAAUGGCAUGGCCCAGCAGAUUAUUUUUGAGACUUCAAUAGAUCAGAAAAGUGAAGAGGAGUGGCGUAAGAAGAGCUUUCCUGAUCCGAUUACAGAGUGUAAGCCCCCGCCAGCAGCCCAGGAGUUCCAGACAGCACGCCUGUUCCUCUCUCACUUCGGGUUUCUGUCUCUAGAGGCACUGAAGGAGCCUGCUAACAGUCGUCUACCUCCUCACCUGAUUGCGCUUGACCCUGCUCUUCCUGGGUUUUUCGAUGACCUUGGCUACUUGGAUUUACUACCAUGUCGUCCUUUUGAUACUGUUUUUGUUUUCUACAUGAAGGCAGGCCAGAAAACAAGCCAGGAGAUCCUGAAGAACAUGGAGUCUUCCAGAAUUGUUCAGCCACACUUCCUGGAGUUCUUGCUGUCUCUUGGCUGGUCAGUGGACGUAGGGAAGCACCCUGGGUGGACUGGGCAUGUCUCAACAAGCUGGUCAAUCAAUAACUGCAGUGAUGAAGAGGGACCUGAACAAGAUGAUGCAGUUAUUUCAGAAGAUGUUGGGGCAAGUAUCUUCAAUGGACAGAAGAAGGUGCUCUACUAUGCUGAUGCCUUGACAGAAAUAGCUUUUGUUGUCCCAUCACCAGUGGAGUCCCUAACUGAUUCACUGGAAAGCAAUGUCUCAGACCAGGAAAGUGACUCCAACAUGGAUCUGCUGCCAGGAAUAUUAAAGCAGCCAUCUUUGACGCUUGAACUCUUCCCCAAUCAUACAGACAAUCUUAAUCCCUCGCAUCGGCUCAGUCCUACUUCCAGAUCCAAGAAGGUGCCUCAGGGCCGGACCAUUCCACCAAUGGGACCUGAAACCAAAGUGUAUGUGGUCUGGGUUGAACGUUAUGAUGACAUAGAAAACUUCCCCCUCCCUGAUCUGAUGUCGGAGACAAGCACUGGUGUAGAAACUACAGCCAACAGUAGCACUUCUGUAAGAUCUGCCAUUCCUGAGAAAGAAGUUCCUGUGAUCUUCAUCCAUCCUUUAAACACUGGCUUAUUCAGGAUAAAACUACAAGGAGCAACUGGGAAAUUCAACAUGGUUAUCCCACUGGUGGAUGGAAUGAUAGUCAGUAGGAGAGCUCUUGGUUUUUUAGUGAGACAAACAGUAAUAAAUAUUUGUCGGAGAAAGAGGCUGGAAAGUGAUUCAUACAACCCCCCACAUGUCCGCCGAAAACAGAAAAUAGCAGACAUUGUCAAUAAAUACCGGAACAGGCAGCUGGAGCCAGAAUUUUAUACCUCACUUUUCCAGGAGGUUGGGCUCAAGAACUGCAACGCCUAGGCCAUUAUCCUUCCAGGACAAUCAGAUCAGAGCUUGGUGGCUACAGUAAUGAAAACAGUUAAAUAACAACAAAUUUCUUCAGCCCUCUGGAAUUCAGGAAACCCAUAUUCUAGCACAAGUCAGCAGUUACCAUGUGGGAGGAAUGAGAAAUGAAUCAAAAACAUUGCAGUUGGGAUAUUGACUCAAUUCACCUACCCUCAAAAGAUUACUGAAUUCCAAUCUUCCUGGAUACUCGCAACAUAAUCUUUUCACCCAAUCAUCUAUUCCAGACUAAUUAGGAACUGUGUCUCAUUCUGUGAGAGAACGAUCAAAACAAAAAUAUCUCUGCAUAUCAGUAUGGAUAACAAAAUACAAACAAACCUGCCUUCAGACACCUCGCUACACCCUCUUGUUAAAGGAGAAAGGAACAGGGUCUCUCCUUUGAGGAGAGACUUCUUUCUGAGCAUUGACUAUCCCUGCAAGAACUUAAGAAGUUUUCAACCCCCUUCAGAGUACAACAGAAGAUACUUCACUGCUUGUAACCAAUUUGUGUACCAAAAGGAAGAAUAAUGUUCGGAAAUAUCAGAUCAUGAAAUUUGUGGGCAAGAUGCUGUAUUUUACGGUAUCCUCCUUGGUUGGGCAUGAGUCUAUCUGCAUACAACAUUUCUGUCAUACUGAGAACAAACACAACACCUGAAAUUACCAGGCUUCCAAACAUAAGCUGUUACUAGAUAAGAGUUCUUGGUCAUAUAAAACAAGAUUUUGACUUUCAGGUCUGUUGCAAAAUGUCACAUUUAAUUUUAGCAGCUUGAUUUUAUUUUUUAUGGAAUACUUAUUUUGAAGUUUCCAUAGCACCUAGUCACCGUUUCCAUUAAAUCAUAAACACUACUUGCUUUCCUUCCAUUGGCUUGAAAUCUGAGGUUCUGGGGCUGCCUUCUGCCUGCCAUUUUUUUUUAUAGCAUAAGUGGUUUUUGCAGCUUCUACACUUCUCAGACGCUCCUAUUACAAAGGGUAAAACAAUUCAAACAGAAAAUUCAGGAGCUGUUCUUUUUUUCCGUUAAUUUGCUAUUUCAUAGAAGUCCAUUUGGAGUUAUAACUUAAAAUCGUUUUGAAGCUACUGUGCUUUCUCACUGUCAGCAGCAGUGGUUCCUUUUCUCCUAGGUCAGAAGAUCUCCAAACUGCUGGUGUCUCUCUUGGCCCUACUCAGGUAAAAUAUAUGAAUUGUUGGCUUUCAUCCCAGGUGAAACAGGCCAGUGUGGAUUCAGUUCUCUUUGAUCAUUGGCAACUUCAGUUCAAGUGCUCUGCUACCUCUGUGUGCACAUUGCCUGUGAGCUCAGCAGACAGCAACAAGCUGUCCUCCAAGAGUAGGUUUUUGAAUGAGGAUGCAGAUAAAACUUAAAAUAAUAAUAAUAAAAAAAAAAAGUAAAAGGCAUACUUUCCUUUUCAGACCACCACUUUCUCAUAUGGUCAGGACUUGAAGGUUGUGCUGGGAAAAGAUGUUUACAACUACAAAUUUAAUACUGGGAAUAUAAGAGCUGCAGUGGGCAUUUGCAUUCUUGGGAGUGCUUUCAAGCUCCCAGCGCAAUCUUAACUUGUGUUGCAGUAAUGAAUCAUCACUGAUGCUCCUGUGUAGGUGCAGUUUGUGAUCACUGGCAGCAGCAUGUGUUCUCCUUCCAAUAAGUAGAUAGUAUAAGAGUAUAAAUUUAAGUAGGAAUUUGUGGAGCUCUUCAAGUUAUUUUAAGUUAUUUUUCAGAAGCUUUUUAAUAUGUAUUGCAAUAAUGCCUGUGAGUCAUUUAAUUUUGAUAUUUCACAGUUAAUUUAUGCAACAGUUCUGACCUGAAACAGUCUUAAUUGUUUCAUUUUAACUAAUCUGCCAAGGACAUACUCUGUCUCUAUCUUUGUAUUAGCCAUGAAAAAACACAUGAAAACAUGGGGCCCUAAAAAAUACACUUGCAAGGACUUUCAGGAUAUCAACCAAAGGGGGCUUGGGGUGAUAGCUGUGGUGGUUACAGGGGACAGGCAUACAUGCCUCAACUCAGGAGCUCUUGAUUUUGAUCCAGAUGAAUCUCAAGUGGAAAAACGAAACCACAGAAUGAAAACCAUUGUAGAAGCAAGCAUGGUGGCUGGCCUGUGCUUAUGUGAUGCCCUGGUUGUAAAUGGCAGCAGGUGUUGCAAGUCAGCAUUUGGGUUUAUUGGCAAAGCUGUGAAGGGAAAUUUAGCUUCAUUUCUCUGGUAAACUUUUGCCAGUAUCAAUUUAAUGCACAGACACUAAAUUUACCCACAUUUUGUAUGUACCUAUUGGAUUUAAAUAAUGGCCAAACACACUUUAAACCACUGACUAAAAGGCAUGACCAAUGCAUGUGUAACAAAAAUAAACAUACUGAGCAAUCAAAUGUUUGCACAUCUUCAAUAACCUAAAAACAAAACCCACAUACCAUAGCUACGAGUGUGUGUUAUAUGCAGAAUCAUUGGUUUAUAUCCUAGUGAGCUACAAAAGAUACUUCAGGUACUUGGGUACAGUCAGUAGCAAAGAUGUGGACUUGGGAACCCUGGAUAUGUUCUGCAAAGUCCAAGAUAGCCAAAUGGACUGCUUGAAAUACUACUCUCUAAAAAGGCCUAUGCUUGGCUGAAGAAUAGUUCUUUGGUCUAUUUCCACAUUUCAUCUAAAUCAUGAGUACAGCACCCACUUGAGCAUUAAUAACAGUGAAAGCAAGGCGAUGUUUCAGAAAUCUUGAAAGAAGGUAACUUUUGCAUGCACUGUUGCUGUUUAUCCUGCAGCCUGGGUGAGUAGGCAUUUAUAACUUGCUUAAUUUGAUUUAUAAAAUCAGUUGUUUAAUACUUUUACACAUUAGUGAUAUGACCUAGCCAUAAAUUUGGGGUUUUGCUGUCUGGAAAGAUGAACCUUCAAGAAAGUCACAGUUUAGUAUAAAAACCUUGAUUCCAGAAAUGUGUUGUCAUCCCAUUUGGUUUGGAUGCAAACUGCAGUAGUAAAUGCCCGUGGCAGACUCAUGCCAUGGAGCGUGUCUGCAGGCAGCGUCCCUCAUCCCCCUGUGCACAGAGGUCUCCACUGUCAUCAUCGUAAAAUAUAAACCACCAACCUGGAAAAAAAAUCCUUGUCUGCUCAGAGUUUGUGGCCCAACUUCACUGGCUUCAGUUAGUCCAGGAUGGAGCCUAGAGCUUUUUCUGCAAAAGAAUUAGAGCAAAUACAAGGUUUCAGUUGUGAUGUUACUGUCAAGAUUCCAGACUUCUGUUUUUUUUCCACCACAAACCACUGUACUGAGUUUUUAAUUUUAAAACUUUUAAUUUUAAAACUUUUACAUUGUUGGUCAUUGGAGAGAAUUCAUAUUGACCACUUUGUGUGUAGUGUGACAGCCUCGACUUCUUCACGUUGCAUAGAGUGACAAAAGCUGAGAUACAAAUGUGACACAACUAAACUGAGACUUUUUAUAUAAGACCUUUCAUGUUGGGUUCAUGAUUCUGCUUUAAGUGAUGGCAUCCUUUUAAUGGUGCAGAAAGAGGGAGGGUAAAUGUCACCCUGUUAAAUGCAGCGUUGACAUUACAGAAAUUUUAGUACCUUAAUAAAGACUCAUUUAAAGAAAUCAUCUUAAAGGUACUUUAAAAAAGCAUUACAAACUUACAGCAAAGGGGAGAGGAUGGUGUCUGUGAAAAAUAAGGUGUAGGCACAGACAGCAGCAUGUGCAUGACGGCUGUAGGGUAGAGCAGCUCUCGAUGCUAUGCUGGCUGCCCAGGCAUCUCUUCCCUGCAAGGUUCUGCAUGCUCAGAAAGACAGGAGAGCUAAAUUUCAAUCUAAUAGACUAAUUAGAUGUGAUUUAAUGACUGCAUAAUUGAGUGAUGUCUUUGAAGGAAAACACGGGCAUUUUCCACAUGGAUUUUAGCAGGAGUAAUUUGCAAUGAGAAUGCCAGAUAUCACAUGCUUCAAAUCAUAUACAAUUUGUAUGAAUUUCUGUAUGUUGCCAAGACAUGAUCUUUUUGUUCUUACUGUAUUUUUCUGUAAAUAUUCCUGGCGCUAAGUUGUAAAGUAAAGGCAAAAUGUAAAUAUGAAGAUGUGAACUAUGUUUCCUUGUCUCUAGUACUUUAUCUCUUAUUUGUUUAGGGAAGGCACACAAAGGCUUGUUUGUAUUUAUGCCAAUUCUUUGUCCAGGAGAAACACAUCAAAUAUUGAAUGUAACACAAUUAGUCCAAUAAAUUUUAAAGAUUCUUAUCUAA